AUGGGUGAAGAUCCGUAUGGGUGGAUUUUUAGAAUUGAGAGGUACUUCAGCCUAAAUGGAAUUCCAGAUGAAGGGAAACUCACAGCUGUAGCAGUAUGUAUGGAAGGGGAAGCCAUUAACUGGUAUCAAUGGAUGGAGGUUAGAGCACCGGUUAACUCGUGGCCAUCGUUCAAACUCGCCUUAAUUCAGAGAUUCAGUGGAUCCCAAGAGAGUAACCCUUACGAGACUCUCAUGGCCAUGAAACAAACCAGUAUAGUGGCAGAAUUUAGACGCAGGUUUGAGGCGGUAGCUGCUUUGUUGGUGGAAGAGAAGGAAGAAAUCUUGAGUGCUGCGUUUUUGAAUGGACUAAGGGCAGAGAUUCGGGCCGAAUUAAGAUUGAUCCAGCCCAACACACUUAUUCAAACCAUAGAGAGAGCCCAUAGAGUGGAGGAACGCAACUGGGCUUUAGAAGAGGCAAAAAAUGGCCCAACAAGAACCAAUAGGUGGAAUGGGCCUGGUCUUCAUGUUGGGUCAAAUAAUUUUGGAUCCAGAAAUUUUAACCCGAUUACAACCCGACCCGAUUCACUCAAAUCCCCAAACGCAAAUGAAUCCCUAAGAUCAAAUGCAUUUUCAAAUUCCUUCUCCAACGUGGGACGACGAAACGCAGAGAGUAAUACCCGAAAAAGGGAAAAGGGCUUGUGCUUCAAGUGUGAUGGGAAGUAUUUCUUUGGUCAUAAGUGUGGUGAGAAGCAAUUUCAAGUAAUUCUAGUUGACGAAGAAGAAGAAGAUCCGGAUCCGGAUCCGGGUGACGUAGAAGUCAGUGAAGCAACGAUGGAAGAACAAGGCCAAGGUAAUGUUGAACUUUCUUUGAGUUCGGUUGUGGGAAUCAAUGGCCCAAAAACGAUGAAGUUGAAGGGAAGUAUUAUGGGUCAGGAGGUGAUUAUCUUGAUUGACAGUGGGGCUUCCCACAAUUUCAUUAGUAAGGAGAUUGUAGAAAAGUUGGGCAUUACUGUGACACAAACACAGUCGUUUGGGGUACGUGUUGGAGAUGGGUAUAAGUGCAGAUGUUGUCCUAGGGCUUGGUUAGAAACGUUGGGCGAAACUACAAUGGAUUGGAGAAAGCAGGUAAUGAAAUUUCAGCUGGAUAAAGAAAUGAUGACUCUUAUAGGUGAUCCGGCACUUAGUAAAACAAUGGUCUCCUUGAAAGCAAUGAUUAGAACAUUGAAGAGUGAAGGAACUGGCUAUCUGGUCGAAUUUGGGCAAUUACAAAAACAAUCGGAUGAAGAAGCUAGUGUCAGUAGUAGCCUGUUGUUAGUGUUAGCACAAUUCCAGUCUGUCUUUGAGCCAUUACCUGGAUUACCACCGUGUAGACCUCAGGAUCAUGCCAUUCGAUUAAAUCCUGAUGCCCAAACCCCAAACCUUUGCCCUUAUAGAUAUCCCUAUUACCAGAAAAAUGAGAUUGAGAAAAUCAUUAGUGAGAUGUUAGCUUCGGGGAUCAUUAAGCCGAGUAUCAGCCAUUUUUCCAGUCUGGUUCUACUGGUUAAGAAGAAAGAUGGUGGGUGGCGGUUUUGCGUUGAUUACAGGGCACUCAACAAAGUAACAAUUCCAGACAGGUUUCCCAUCCUCGCCAUUGACGAGUUAUUCGACGAACUUGGAGGUGCCAAGGUAUUCUCCAAGCUAGAUUUAAAGUCCGGGUACCACCAAAUCAGAGUGCGACCAGAGGAUACCCACAAGACGGCUUUCCGAACUCACGAAGGGCACUACGAAUUCCUCGUUAUACCAUUCGGAUUGACCAAUGCCCCAUCCACAUUCCAAGCAUUGAUGAACAAGGUUUUUCGACCUUACCUUCGGAAGUUUAUCCUGGAAAGAAGGCCUCUUGCUUUUCUCAGUAAAGGCCUAUCAGCAAAUUCAAAACUCAAGUCAGUUUAUGAAAGAGAAAUGAUGGCUAUCGUGAUGGCGCAGAAAUGGGUGUCAAAAUUACUUGGGUUGCAAUUUGAAAUACAAUACCGCCUAGGGCCAGAGAACAAGGCUGCGGAUGCAUUAUCCCGACGCCCCGAGAAUGUGGAGAAUAACGCAAUUUCAAUGGGCUAUUUCGGCGGGUUCGAAAAACUGGAAGAGGCCAUCCAACAAGAUGAUAAGUUGCGGCAGCUCAUUCAGCAGCUCAUGGUUAACCCUUAUGGCCACCCUCAUUUCAAACUCAUGGGCAGACACCUUAUGUACCAAAACAGGUUGGUUGUUCCGAAACAAGGCCCUCAUAUUCAAAAACUUUUGCAUGAAUUUCACUCCUCCCCGAUUGGAGGCCACUCUGGAUUUUACAGAACAUACAAGCGCCUGAUGAAUGUGUUUUAUUGGGAUGGAAUGAAGCGGGACAUCCAAAAUUAUGUGACCUCUUGUAGUGUGUGUCAACAAAACAAAUAUAAAGCAUUGCGGCCUGCUGGUCUAUUGCAGCCCCUUCCUAUUCCAAUUCAGGUUUGGGAAGAUAUUUCCAUGGAUUUUAUAGUGGGGCUUCCGAAGGCACACAAUGUGGAUACUAUCUUGGUGGUCGUUGACAGACUCAUUAAAUAUAACCAUUUUCUCACACUCAAACACCCUUAUACAGCCAAGGAGGUAGCAGCUGCAUUCAUCAAAGAUGUAGUACGACUCCACGGCUUUCCAAGGACGAUUGUUUCGGAUCGCGAUCGAGUGUUCAUGAGCCAUUUUUGGGGAGAACUGUUUAAGCAGGCUGGAACUAAGCUUCAUAUGAGCUCGGCCUAUCACCCGCAGACAGAUGGUCAAACGGAGGAAAUCAGCCUCGGCAGUGGCCUCACUGGAUUCCGUGGGCUGAAUUCUAGUUUAAUACUACUUACAGCAGUUCCACGGAUUCAGAAUCGCAACGGUAUUCUCCUGGAGCUUAAGGAGAAUUUGCAUAAGGCUCAAAACCGCAUGAAAAGUUCGGUCGAUGCGAAGAGACGGGAUGUUCAGUUUGAAGUAGACGAAUCUGCAUACCUUACGCUACAGCCUUACCGUCUGAAAUCACUCACUGCCCGCUGCAAUGAAAAGCUAAGUCCCCAGUUUUAUGGGCCGUUCUGCAUCCUAGAGAAAAUCGGAUCAGUCGCCUACAGGUUAGAACUCCCAGCUAGUGCUCAUAUCCACAAUGUAUUUCAUGUGUCCCAACUCAAGAAAGCCAAUUUUCCUCCGCCAAACAUUCAGCCUCUUCCCGAUUCCUUAAAUGAGGAUCUAGUUUUAGUUGUCGAACCAGAAGACGUGCUGAAAAUGCGCAAGCUAAUCAAUGGUCAAAGGGAAGUUCUAAUUAAGUGGAAAGGGUUACCCCACCAUGAGAAUACUUGGGAAGAGUAUGACGGCCUGAAUUCCCAAUUCCCUUCCUUCCACCUUGAGGACAAGGUGGCUCUUCUUCGGGAAGGUAUUGAUACAACACGUGAAGUGAGGGUUUAUAAUAAGAGGCGUCGGAAGAAGCACCAGGGAAUCAAUUGUGAUAAAGGGAGCAGCUAA